AUGGCCGACAAUCUGCAAAGCAAUGCAAAUGAUCAAAUAGCUUCGCCAUCGGAAAUGGAAAGCAUGAUACAAGGAAAGAAGAGAGGCCACCAAGAUUCAGAAGUAUCCUCAUUUACUGUUGAUCCUUCCAAUAGACCGAAAUUUCCACCAUUAAAACCUGGAAAAUCCAAGGUAAACAGGCAAUUACGAAAAUUAGCUAUACCAUCACAUCGUUAUACACCUCUGAAGGACAAUUGGGUGAACAUCUAUACGCCAGUUGUCGAAAAGUUGAAGCUACAAAUUCGAUUUAAUCUGAAGACAAGAAAUGUUGAGAUCAAGACGGGUUCAGAAACAACUGACCUUAACGCUAUACAAAAAGCUGCUGAUUUUGUUCAAGCUUUUGUAUUAGGAUUCGCAGUAGAGGAUGCUUUAGCUCUAAUCCGAUUAGAUGAUCUAUAUAUCGAUUCAUUCGAAGUUACUGAUGUCAAGCCUCUGAAAGGUGACCACUUAUCCCGAGCUAUAGGUAGAAUUGCUGGUAGUGGUGGCAAGACUAAAUUUACCAUCGAAAAUGUUACGAAAACACGAAUUGUUCUUGCUGACAGUAAAAUUCAUAUAUUGGGAUCAUUCCAAAAUAUACGAAUGGCGAAAACAGCGAUUUGCAAUUUAAUUUUAGGGAGCCCUCCUUCUAAGGUAUAUGGCCAAAUGAGACGUGUCGCUGAUAGAACGUCAGAGAAAUUUUAA